UUGAGUACUAUGGCUCUACAUUUUUCAUAUUCUUUCUCCUCUCACUGGGAGGUGAUAACGUCCGGGCGUGAAUGCGUACUGCAGCUUAAAAAAUUAAAAACAACGAGUAGCCUUAGUUACAAAGAACAGAAACGAGCUAAUGCUAUCAACUUCCCACAUAGUCGAAGAAUUCGUGAACGCCGACAAAGCUCACUUCGUCGCGUGUUACAAAUAUGGCGUGCUACACGACGCAGUCAAAUAGCAACGCGACGCAGUCAAAGAGCAAUACGACGCUUCCAAAAGGCAAUGAUCAAAGCACACCGAAGAGGUAAUCGGCUGGGUAAUUAUCUAUAUCGACUGCUUUUGAACAUAAAUGAAACUGAAACUGGAACUAGUCCGACCACAACCACGCAAGACACAACCUCCACAACGGCAAGCACAACAACUACGGAAGGUACGACUUCGACGACUUCAAGCAUAACGACUACGGAAGGUACGACAUCAACAACUUCUGGAACAUCACCUCCACAAGAGGCAACGACUACGACGGAAAGUUCAACAACUACUGAAGGGACUACAUCGACCACAACUACGCAAGACACAACGGAAAGCAUAACAACUACGGAAGGUACGACUUCGACUACUUCAAGCACAACGACUACGGAAGCGACGACUUCAACAACUUUUGGAACAUCACCUACUCAAGAAGCAACGACUACGACGGAAAGUACAACAACUACUGAAGGGACUACUUCGACCACAACUACGCAAGACACAACCCCCACAACGGAAAGCACAACAACUACGGAAGGUACGACCUCGACUACUUCAAGCACAACGAUUACAGAAGGUACGACAUCAACAACUUCUGGAACAUCACCUACACAAGAGGCAACGACUACGACGGAAAGUGCAACAACUACUGAAGGGACUUCUUCGACCACAACUACGCAAGACACAACCUCCACAACGGAAAGCACAACAACUACGGAAGGUACGACCUCGACUACUUCAAGCACAACGAUUACAGAAGGUAAGACAUCAACAACUUCUGGAACAUCACCUACACAAGAAGCAACGACUACGACGGAAAGUUCAACAACUACUGAAGGGACUACUUUGACCACUACGCAAGACACAACCUCCACAACGGAAAGCACAACAACUACGGAAGGUACGACCUCGACUACUUCAAGCACAACGAUUACAGAAGGUACGACAUCAACAACUUCUGGAACAUCACCUACACAAGAGGCAACGACUACGACGGAAAGUGCAACAACUACUGAAGGGACUUCUUCGACCACAACUACGCAAGACACAACCUCCACAACGGAAAGCACAACAACUACGGAAGGUACGACCUCGACUACUUCAAGCACAACGAUUACAGAAGGUAAGACAUCAACAACUUCUGGAACAUCACCUACACAAGAAGCAACGACUACGACGGAAAGUUCAACAACUACUGAAGGGACUACUUCGACCACAACUACGCAAGACACAACCUCCACAACGGAAAGCACAACAACUACGGGAGAUACGAUCUCGACUACUUCAAGCACAACGAUUACAGAAGGUACUACAUCAACAACUUCUGGAACAUCACCUACACAAGAAGCAACGACUACGACGGAAAGUACAACAACUACUGAAGGGACUACUUCGACCACAACUACGCAAGACACAACCCCCACAACGGAAAGCACAACAACUACGGAAGGUACGACCUCGACUACUUCAAGCACAACGAUUACAGAAGGUACGACAUCAACAACUUCUGGAACAUCACCUACACAAGAGGCAACGACUACGACGGAAAGUGCAACAACUACUGAAGGGACUUCUUCGACCACAACUACGCAAGACACAACCUCCACAACGGAAAGCACAACAACUACGGAAGGUACGACCUCGACUACUUCAAGCACAACGAUUACAGAAGGUAAGACAUCAACAACUUCUGGAACAUCACCUACACAAGAAGCAACGACUACGACGGAAAGUUCAACAACUACUGAAGGGACUACUUCGACCACAACUACGCAAGACACAACCUCCACAACGGAAAGCACAACAACUACGGGAGAUACGAUCUCGACUACUUCAAGCACAACGAUUACAGAAGGUACUACAUCAACAACUUCUGGAACAUCACCUACACAAGAAGCAACGACUACGACGGAAAGUACAACAACUACUGAAGGGACUACUUCGACCACAACUACGCAAGACACAACCCCCACAACGGAAAGCACAACAACUACGGAAGGUACGACCUCGACUACUUCAAGCACAACGAUUACAGAAGGUAAGACAUCAACAACUUCUGGAACAUCACCUACACAAGAAGCAACGACUACGACGGAAAGUUCAACAACUACUGAAGGGACUACUUUGACCACUACGCAAGACACAACCUCCACAACGGAAAGCACAACAACUACGGAAGGUACGACCUCGACUACUUCAAGCACAACGAUUACAGAAGGUACGACAUCAACAACUUCUGGAACAUCACCUACACAAGAGGCAACGACUACGACGGAAAGUGCAACAACUACUGAAGGGACUUCUUCGACCACAACUACGCAAGACACAACCUCCACAACGGAAAGCACAACAACUACGGAAGGUACGACCUCGACUACUUCAAGCACAACGAUUACAGAAGGUAAGACAUCAACAACUUCUGGAACAUCACCUACACAAGAAGCAACGACUACGACGGAAAGUUCAACAACUACUGAAGGGACUACUUCGACCACAACUACGCAAGACACAACCUCCACAACGGAAAGCACAACAACUACGGGAGAUACGAUCUCGACUACUUCAAGCACAACGAUUACAGAAGGUACUACAUCAACAACUUCUGGAACAUCACCUACUCAAGAAGCAACGACUACGACGGAAAGUACAACAACUACUGAAGGGACUACUUCGACCACAACUACGCAAGACACAACCCCCACAACGGAAAGCACAACAACUACGGAAGGUACGACCUCGACUACUUCAAGCACAACGAUUACAGAAGGUACGACAUCAACAACUUCUGGAACAUCACCUACACAAGAGGCAACGACUACGACGGAAAGUGCAACAACUACUGAAGGGACUUCUUCGACCACAACUACGCAAGACACAACCUCCACAACGGAAAGCACAACAACUACGGAAGGUACGACCUCGACUACUUCAAGCACAACGAUUACAGAAGGUAAGACAUCAACAACUUCUGGAACAUCACCUACACAAGAAGCAACGACUACGACGGAAAGUUCAACAACUACUGAAGGGACUACUUCGACCACAACUACGCAAGACACAACCUCCACAACGGAAAGCACAACAACUACGGGAGAUACGAUCUCGACUACUUCAAGCACAACGAUUACAGAAGGUACUACAUCAACAACUUCUGGAACAUCACCUACACAAGAAGCAACGACUACGACGGAAAGUUCAACAACUACUGAAGGGACUACUUCGACCACAAAAACGCAAGACACAACCCCCACAACGGAAAGCACAACAACUACGGGAGAUACGGCCUCGACUACUUCAAGCACAACGACUACAGAAGGUACGACAUCAACAACUUCUGGAACAUCAUCUACACAAGAAGCAACGACUACGACGGAAAGUUCAACAACUACUGAAGGGACUACUUCGACCACUACGCAAGACACAACCCCCACAACGGAAAGCACAACAACUACGGGAGAUACGGCCUCGACUACUUCAAGCAAAACGACUACAGAAGGUACGACAUCAACAACUUCUGGAACAUCAUCUACACAAGAAGCAACGACUACGACGGAAAGUUCAACAACUACUGAAGGGACUACUUCGACCACAACUACGCAAGACACAACCUCCACAACGGAAAGCACAACAACUACGGAAGGUACGACCUCGACUACUUCAAGCACAACGAUUACAGAAGGUACGACAUCAACAACUUCUGGAACAUCACCUACACAAGAGGCAACGACUACGACGGAAAGUGCAACAACUACUGAAGGGACUUCUUCGACCACAACUACGCAAGACACAACCUCCACAACGGAAAGCACAACAACUACGGAAGGUACGACCUCGACUACUUCAAGCACAACGAUUACAGAAGGUAAGACAUCAACAACUUCUGGAACAUCACCUACACAAGAAGCAACGACUACGACGGAAAGUUCAACAACUACUGAAGGGACUACUUCGACCACUACGCAAGACACAACCCCCACAACGGAAAGCACAACAACUACGCGAGAUACGGCCUCGACUACUUCAAGCACAACGACUACAGAAGGUACGACACCAACAACUUCUGGAACAUCACCUUCACAAGAGGCAACAACUACGACGGAAAGUUCAACAACUACUGAAGGGACUACUUCGACCACAACUACGCAAGACACAACCUCCACAACGGAAAGCACAACAACUACGGGAGAUACGAUCUCGACUACUUCAAGCACAACGAUUACAGAAGGUACUACAUCAACAACUUCUGGAACAUCACCUACACAAGAAGCAACGACUACGACGGAAAGUUCAACAACUACUGAAGGGACUACUUCGACCACAAAAACGCAAGACACAACCCCCACAACGGAAAGCACAACAACUACGGGAGAUACGGCCUCGACUACUUCAAGCACAACGACUACAGAAGGUACGACAUCAACAACUUCUGGAACAUCAUCUACACAAGAAGCAACGACUACGACGGAAAGUUCAACAACUACUGAAGGGACUACUUCGACCACAACUACGCAAGACACAACCUCCACAACGGAAAGCACAACAACUACGGAAGGUACGACCUCGACUACUUCAAGCACAACGAUUACAGAAGGUAAGACAUCAACAACUUCUGGAACAUCACCUACACAAGAAGCAACGACUACGACGGAAAGUUCAACAACUACUGAAGGGACUACUUCGACCACUACGCAAGACACAACCCCCACAACGGAAAGCACAACAACUACGCGAGAUACGGCCUCGACUACUUCAAGCACAACGACUACAGAAGGUACGACACCAACAACUUCUGGAACAUCACCUUCACAAGAGGCAACAACUACGACGGAAAGUUCAACAACUACUGAAGGGACUACUUCGACCACAACUACGCAAGACACAACCUCCACAACGGAAAGCACAACAACUACGGGAGAUACGAUCUCGACUACUUCAAGCACAACGAUUACAGAAGGUACUACAUCAACAACUUCUGGAACAUCACCUACACAAGAAGCAACGACUACGACGGAAAGUUCAACAACUAAUGAAGGGACUACUUCGACCACAAAAACGCAAGACACAACCCCCACAACGGAAAGCACAACAACUACGGGAGAUACGGCCUCGACUACUUCAAGCACAACGACUACAGAAGGUACGACAUCAACAACUUCUGGAACAUCAUCUACACAAGAAGCAACGACUACGACGGAAAGUUCAACAACUACUGAAGGGACUACUUCGACCACAACAACGCAAGACACAACCCCCACAACGGAAAGCUCAACAACUACGGAAGUUCAACAACUACUGAAGGGACUACUUCGAGCACUACGCAAGACACAACCCCGACAACGGAAAGCACAACAACUACGGAAGGUACGACCUCGACUACUUCAAGCACAACGACAACAGAAGGUACGACAUCAACAACUUUUGGAACAUCACCUUCACAAGAGGCAACGACUACGACGGAAAGUUCAACAACUACUGAAGGGACUACUUCAACCACAACUACGCAAGACACAACCCCCACAACGGAAAGCUCAACAACUACGGAAGGUACAACUUCGACUACUUCAAGCACAACGACUACAGAAGGUACGACAUCAACAACUUCUGGAACAUCACCUUCACAAGAGGCAACGACUACGACGGAAAGUUCAACAACUACUAAAGGGACUACUUCGACCACAACUACGCAAGACACAACCCCCACAACGGAAAGCACAACAACUACGGGAGAUACGGCCUCGACUACUUCAAGCACAACGACUACAGAAGGUACGACAUCAACAACUUCUGGAACAUCACCUUCACAAGAGGCAACGACUACGACGGAAAGUUCAACAACUACUGAAGGGACUACUUCGACCACAACUACGCAAGACACAACCCCCACAAAGGAAAGCACAACAACUACGAAAGGUACGACCUCGACUACUUCAAGCACAACGACUACAGAAGGUACGACAUCAACAACAUUUGAAACAUCACCUUCACAAGAGGCAACGACUACGACGGAAAGUUCAACAACUAGUGAAGGGACUACUUCGACCACUACGCAAGACACAACCCCCACAACGGAAAGCACAACAACUACGGAAGGUACGACCUCGACUACUUCAAGUACAACGACUACAGAAGGUACGACAUCAACAAAUUUUGGAACAUCACCUUCACAAGAGGCAACGACUACGACGGAAAGUUCAACAACUACUGAAGGGACUACUUCGACCACAACUACGCAAGACACAACCCCCACAACGGAAAGCACAGCAACUACGGAAGGUACGACCUCGACUACUUCAAGCACAACGACUACAGAAGGUACGACAUCAACAACUUCUGGAACAUCAUCUACACAAGAAGCAACGACUACGACGGAAAGUUCAACAACUACUGAAGGGACUACUUCGACCACAACUACGCAAGACACAACCUCCACAACGGAAAGCACAACAACUACGGAAGGUACAACUUCGACUACUUCAAGCACAACGACUACAGAAGGUACGACAUCAACAACUUCUGGAACAUCACCUUCACAAGAGGCAACGACUACGACGGAAAGUUCAACAACUACUGAAGGGACUACUUCGACCACAACAACGCAAGACACAACCCCCACAACGGAAAGCUCAACAACUACGGAAGGUACGACAUCAACAACUUCUGCAACAUCACCUACACAAGAAGCAACGACUACGACGGAAAGUUCAACAACUACUGAAGGGACUACUUCGAGCACUACGCAAGACACAACCCCCACAACGGAAAGCACAACUACGGAAGGUACGACCUCGACUACUUCAAGCACAACGAUUACAGAAGGUACGACAUCAACAACUUCUGGAACAUCACCUUCACAAGAGGCAACGACUACGACGGAAAGUUCAACAACUACUGAAGGGACUACUUCGACCACAAAAACGCAAGACACAACCCCCACAACGGAAAGCACAACAACUACGGAAGGUACGACCUCGACUUCUUCAAGCACAACGACUACAGCAGGUACGACAUCAACAACUUCUGGAACAUCACCUACACAAGAGGCAACAACUACGACGGAAAGUUCAACAACUACUGAAGGGACUACUUCGACCACAACUACGCAAGGCACAACCCCCACCACGGAAAGCACAACAACUACGGAAGGUACGACUUCGACUACUUCAAGCACAACGAUUACAGAAGGUACGACAUCAACAACUUCUGGAACAUCACCUUCACAAGAGGCAACGACUACGACGGAAAGUUCAACAACUACUGAAGGGACUACUUCGACCACAAAAACGCAAGACACAACCCCCACAACGGAAAGCACAACAACUACGGAAGGUACGACCUCGACUUCUUCAAGCACAACGACUACAGCAGGUACGACAUCAACAACUUCUGGAACAUCACCUACACAAGAGGCAACAACUACGACGGAAAGUUCAACAACUACUGAAGGGACUACUUCGACCACAACUACGCAAGGCACAACCCCCACCACGGAAAGCACAACAACUACGGAAGGUACGACUUCGACUACUUCAAGCACAACGACUACAGAAGGUACGACAUCAACAACUUCUGGAACAUCACCUUCACAAGAGGCAACGCCUACGACGGAAAAUUCAACAACUACUGAAAAGACUACUUCGACCACAACUACGCAAGACACAACCCCCACAACGGAAAGCACAACAACUACGGAAGGUACGACUUCGACUACUUCAAGCACAACGAUUACAGAAGGUACGACAUCAACAACUUCUGGAACAUCACCUUCACAAGAGGCAACGACUACGACGGAAAGUUCAACAACUACUGAAGGGACUACUUCGACCACAAUUACGCAAGGCACAACCCCCACAACGGAAAGCACAACAACUACGGGAGAUACGGCCUCGACUACUUCAAGCACAACGACUACAGAAGGUACGACAUCAACAACUUCUGGAACAUCAUCUACACAAGAAGCAACGAUUACGACGGAAAGUUCAACAACUACUGAAGGGACUACUUCGACCACAACUACGCAAGACACAACCUCCACAACGGAAAGCACAACUACGGAAGGUACGACCUCGACUACUUCAAGCACAACGAUUACAGAAGGUACGAUAUCAACAACUUCUGGAACAUCACCUUCACAAGAGGCAACGACUACGACGGAAAGUUCAACAACUACUGAAGGGACUACUUCGACCACAACAACGCAAGACACAACCUCCACAACGGAAAGCUCAACAACUACGGAAGGUACAACUUCGACUACUUCAAGCACAACGACUACAGAAGGUACGACAUCAACAACUUCUGGAACAUCACCUUCACAAGAGGCAACGACUACGACGGAAAGUUCAACAACUACUGAAGGGACUACUUCGACCACAACUACGCAAGACACAACCCCCACAACGGAAAGCACAACAACUACGGGAGAUACGGCCUCGACUACUUCAAGCACAACGACUACAGAAGGUACGACAUCAACAACUUCUGGAACAUCACCUUCACAAGAGGCAACGACUACGACGGAAAGUUCAACAACUACUGAAGGGACUACUUCGACCACAACUACGCAAGACACAACCUCCACAACGGAAAGCACAACUACGGAAGGUACGACCUCGACUACUUCAAGCACAACGAUUACAGAAGGCAACGACUACGACGGAAAGUUCAACAACUACUGAAGGGACUACUUCGACCACAACAACGCAAGACACAACCUCCACAACGGAAAGCACAACUACGGAAGGUACGACCUCGACUACUUCAAGCACAACGAUUACAGAAGGUACGAUAUCAACAACUUCUGGAACAUCACCUUCACAAGAGGCAACGACUACGACGGAAAGUUCAACAACUACUGAAGGGACUACUUCGACCACAACUACGCAAGACACAACCCCCACAACGGAAAGCACAACAACUACGGGAGAUACGGCCUCGACUACUUCAAGCACAACGACUACAGAAGGUACGACAUCAACAACUUCUGGAACAUCAUCUACACAAGAAGCAACGAUUACGACGGAAAGUUCAACAACUACUGAAGGGACUACUUCGACCACAACUACGCAAGACACAACCUCCACAACGGAAAGCACAACAACUACGGAAGGUACGACCUCGACUACUUCAAGCACAACGACUACAGAAGGUACGACAUCAACAACUUCUGGAACAUCACCUUCACAAGAGGCAACGACUACGACGGAAAGUUCAACAACUACUGAAGGGACUACUUCGACCACAACAACGCAAGACACAACCUCCACAACGGAAAGCUCAACAGCUACGGAAGGUACAACUUCGACUACUUCAAGCACAACGACUACGGAAGCACAACAACUACGGAAGAUACGACCUCGACUACUUCAAGCACAACUACUACGGAAGGUACGACAUCAACAAUUCCUGGAACAUAACCUACACAAGAGGCAACGACUACGACGGAAAGUUCAACAACUACUGAAGGGACUACUUCGACCACAACUACACAAGAUACAACCUUCUCAACUGCAAGCACAAGUGAGACGGGGGGUACGACUUCAACAACGUCAAGAACAGCUACAUAAGAUGUGCUUCCAUGACGGAAAGUGUGACUUCGACUACAACUACGCAUGA